AUGGGAUCUGAGCAGAAAGUGGUAGCCUCGAACUUACAACAGUCGUCUCAUAGGGCCAGGGAGACAGAAAUUGGAGUUCAGAGCCUCCAAGACAACCAGGACAUGAAGGACCAUGGUUUCAGAAAAAAAGGGGACCUGCAGAGAAGGCCGAAGUUCGGGGGUCCUGGAGCCGGCCGUGCUGGGCGCGGGGGCGCGGGACGAAGUCGGACAGGUCGCGUGUCACUGGAACCUGGGCCAGAAAGCAGGUGUAAGGAGAGGUCUUUGGAGGCGGUGCCAAGUGGAAACGCGUCAUUUGUCUCGGGCCCUAGGGGUUUCCUUAAGUUCGGUUCAGCCCCAAGUUUGAAUGGUGAAGGCAACUAUGGGAACUAUGGCUAUGCUAAUAGUGGAUAUAGUGCCUGUGAAGAAGAAAAUGACAGACUCACUGAAAGUCUGAGACACAAAGUAACUGCUAUAAAAUCUCUUUCCAUUGAGAUAGGCCAUGAAGUUAAAACUCAAAAUAAAUUAUUAGCUGAAAUGGAUUCACAAUUUGAUUCUACAACUGGAUUUCUAGGUAGAACUAUGGAAAAACUGAAGAUUUUAUCCAGAGGGAGCCAAAGCAAGCUGAUGUGCUAUAUGAUGCUGUUUUCAUUGUUUGUCUUUUUUGUCAUUUAUUGGAUUAUUAAACUGAGGUGAUGCAAGUAAGUGUCAGUUUGGAAUUUGUUCCAACUUAAGUGGUUUGGGGUACCACUUUGGUAAAAAAAUCAGCAGCAAAACAUUCCUCGUUUUCAAAUAUGGCUUUUUCCAUUAACAGUUACAGAAUUUUACCCGUUUUAUAAAUCACAUUACAUAAUACAGUGCUCUUUGCAUACUGUUUCUUAACACAUUAAGUGCCCAGUCACCGGUGACUGACACUAUACUUUCCGUCCGGAAGGGAAAACAGGCUGGGCGCUUAAUGACUCAUUUUGCCCCUAUUUUCAGGGGUAUUGAGAACGCCAAAAGUCAGUCCAGCCCGAACCAUUGUUUUUCUAUUGUUUGCUAUCAGAUUAAAUAGCAAUAGUGUUCUGUUGUUCUCAUAAAUGUAAGUUUAUGUUCCAUGUAAAGAAACUUAGUGGGAGAAUAAUAGAAUGGGGAGCCUGACGCUGAGCUCUUGCAGUGGUGGACAGUUUGUGGUGGAAUGAUAAUCAUUUUCCUGAGUGACAUCAACCCUAAUGAUGUACUCCCCUGUUCUCCUUGAUUUGGUUAAAUUGUAGGCAGAUUUCUUUUUACCAAUGAUGUUUUUCUAAUAAUUUUUGAUUAUAUGACUCCUCUUCCCCCUUUGCCCAAGGACCUCAUUCUUUAAUAAAUCUUAUUAUUUUGACAUAUUUCUAGUAGGUGCAAAACAAAUGUGAACCAGUAUAAUUGUUAUUUUAUAUUAACUUUAUGCAUACCAUUGACUUGGCUUAAAAUAGCUUUAUGAUUUUAGCUACUUAGGCCAUUUGGUUAUCAUUUGUGACAGAAUGUGAAACUAAAGUAAUUGCUAAACUCUGACUGGAAAUAACAUGUUCAAGAAAAUUAAUUGUCUCUGCAUUAUUAUGUGCUCAAAAUAGAUAAUUGAAAGUAGUCAGCAUUGAACUUAGGGGUAAGAGUAUUGUUGUUUUGAUCCAGUAUAUUUGUUUUUAGAAAGCAAAACAAAGGUAGAAUGUUGAGUAGAAAGAAAUAUUAAAAUGUUCUUAAAUACUCUGUAUUGCUGUUUUGGAAUUUACUCAUUUAUGAGCUCUAAAAAUAAAUUUUUAAUGAAAUAA